AGUUCUCGGUGACCGCUAGCAGGUGUUAGCCUCCAAGCUAAUCGCGAUGCGGCGGCAGUGCUUAAGGAAACCCGGCGUUAAACACGAACAGAGGGAUGGGCUUUGCGAUCUCUGUGCGCGUUUAGACCGUUAAAGACGUCGUUGUGCCAGAUGUGUCGGAAUAGUUCGGUUACAGAGUUGCCGUGUUGAUUUCAGUAGCUACAGUAAGCCGUUAAGCGAGUAAAGAUCCCUGUUCUGUGGGUUAGGUUGUCGUUGUUCUUUAACGUUAGCUAGGUUAGCUAAUGGGCUAGUGCCACAUUGGCUGCAUUAACCUACAGCUUUUAUUGUCUGGACGCGGCAACACCGUGGACCGAGAUUGAUUUGAUCAAACGCGCUGGCCCCGCGGCAGGUUAGCGUAACUGGGGCCGCUGUGCGGAUGAUGUUGUCCGUACUCUCCUACGGCAGACUGCUCGCCAGGGCCGUCAUCGGCGGUCUUUCCCAGACAGACGGCCGCGACUACAGCCUGGUGUCCGCCAGCUUUGGAUACGGGAAAGACUUUCGGAAAGGGAUUUUGAAGAAAGGGAUGUGCUACGGUGACGACGCCUGUUUCAUUGCGCGACACAGAUCCGCCGACGUCUUGGGUGUGGCUGAUGGAGUGGGUGGCUGGCGUGAUUAUGGAGUAGACCCCUCUCAGUUCUCUGGAACCCUAAUGAGGACAUGUGAGAGACUGGUCAAAGAAGGACGCUUCGUGCCCAGUAACCCAGUGGGAAUCCUCACCACCAGCUACUAUGAGCUCCUUCAAAACAAAGUACCUCUACUAGGAAGCAGCACAGCCUGUAUAGUGGUGCUGGACAGACAAAGCCAUCAGCUUCACACAGCAAACCUCGGUGAUUCAGGAUUCCUGGUUGUUCGGGGAGGGGAGGUAGUCCAUAGGUCUGAUGAGCAGCAGCACUAUUUCAACACCCCCUUCCAGCUUUCGAUUGCCCCCCCAGAAGCAGAGGGCUCUGUCCUUAGUGACAGUCCUGAAGCGGCUGACAGUUCAUCCUUUGAUGUCCAGCUUGGAGACAUCAUCCUUACUGCCACAGAUGGACUCUUUGACAACAUGCCAGAUUACAUGAUAUUACAAGAACUCAAAAAGCUUAAGAACACCAAUUAUGAGAGCAUCCAGCAGACGGCCAAGAGUAUUGCAGAGCAGGCCCACGUUUUGGCUUAUGACCCCAAUUACAUGUCACCUUUUGCACAGUUUGCCUGUGACAAUGGACUGAAUGUAAGGGGAGGAAAGCCAGAUGACAUUACAGUUCUGCUUUCAAUUGUGGCAGAGUACACAGACUGAUGCCUGCUUUGACCGCAGUGCUCCUCUAGUUGUGUUCCUCUUGUUCACUGAACUAGUCAUUACUUCAUGCUGGCAGGACAAGGCCUGACAAAUUGGACCUUUGGCAAGGAUCGCCUUCUUUUUAGGUUUUACCACAUCUUUUCUCACUUUGAGUUAGGACCCUUUCCUUCCGCAUCUGGGACAAGAGGAAGUAAUGGUGAACUUUUUACAUCUUGGUCUAAUCGAUUUAAAUAUAAGCUGGUAAUGCACCCCUCUCUAUUCUUCAUUACCUCAGUUGUUUUAAGUUUGGUGAGGACUGUUGCAGAGGCCUGGUCUCAUGGUGGAUGAUGAUGAUCAGUUUGUGUAAGUCGGAGAUGUGUAAAUGCGUAGCAGUGAGAUGUCAAAGGUUAAACAGGUUGAAGCCAACAAAUGAAGAAAGGGCAAAUUUCAGAUAUGUGUGUUAAUAUAUGAGCUGCACCAUAACACAGCUGUUCAAAAGGUACAACAUCUCCUGAGCAGAGAUAUGUAGUCUGAAAUUAACCAGUCAAAAGAUUAGCAAUGAAAAUGACACCAUCAUGCCAGACUGUCAGAUUCAGGGGAGUCUAGAGAAGAGAUGAAGUUCUAAUUGUUUCACCUUUCCAAUUGCAAAGCCAGGGGAAGUCAGCUCCCACAAAUCUUUUUCAUCAGGUCAGUUUUGCCUGUAGUGUCCAUUUUAAAACCCACCCAAAAACAUCCUUAAUCAGUCCCUGGGGGAUGGUGGCAAAGAUCUGUUCCUGUUAAGUUUAAACAGAAGCUAGUUCCUGUAAAGUUCAAAUAUGGCUAAAUGUAAAUGGGUGGAUUGCAUGUAAAAUUUAACUGCUCAUAAGUUUAAACAGUUAACUUGGCAACAAACAACUUUUCAUAAACAUGAAAAAGCAGGUCUUACUCAGUGUUAAUUGGUAAGACACACCUGUUUAUGUGGGAGUAUAUGUUUAAAAGGAUGUUUUAUUUGGGAAAAGGUUGGAAUAAGAGCCUUGGCACUGUAAUGAUAAAAGCAUGCAUAACACCACACUUCAGGGUCCAGGGAAAAAUGGUAUAAUAACUUUGCUAAGGAAGACCAUUUAAAUUUUAUCUUUCUUAAAAGUUUUUUUUUUAUAUAUUUAUUAUAUCAACCCAGUGUUUCUCCCCAUAUCACCCAGUGUGAGUUGUUAUGUAUUUCUCACAAUGCAAGUGGCUGCAAAGGUUUUAUGUUGAGAGAAAAAGGUCUUGCUAUUUCAGUUACCUUGGAAGUUCACAUAUUGUGUAAAUGUGCACGUGUGUUUGAGAGAACUAUAUGUAUAAGGUAUAUACAAACUUGUAUAUUUAUGUAUGAUGUAUGCAUUUGGCAAGUGUAGGCUAUUACAGACUGUAUAUGAAAGUAACCUAUAUUUGAUAAGUGUGAGUUCUGUGUUACAGAUUUUUUUUUUCUUUUCUUUUGUAAACUUAAUUUUACAUUUUUUUGAGGUAUUUACUGUUAACGCACAAGGAUAAUGCUAGAAUCACUGAAUGCUUAAAUUGGAUAUGUGAUGGGUCAUAUGAUCUAAUAAAGGUUUAUUUUUUUA